GCGCAGGCUCGCGCACACGUUUAUUGUUAUUCUCUCUCUCGUCAUCUCCUUCCCGCCCACGGUGGGCGGCACGUCCUCUCUCUCUUCCUCCCAUCGCGUUGUGUCCGCACGCACGCUCCGUAUUCCUCGCGUACGCACGUAGUGCGCGCGUGUGCGAUCAGUACGCAGGUACAAACAUACCCCGCGGCUUUUUAUCUUUUUCUCGCCCGCGGUUCGCGGCCCACCUUUUCCUGCGUGCUUUCCACAUCGCUCUGGUGCGAGUACGAGUAAUCGCGAGUGUGUGGCAUGUGUGUGGUUCGUUUUUUUUAUGCAUGACUACUCGCGCACAACGUUGGGCAACGGGCGGACAGGUACAACACGGAGGAUAUAUCUGACAUGAUCGGCCGUCGCGUCGCGCCAAGCCGACUAGUGGAAUGCUCGCGCGAGUAACGCUAGUACGUCAAGCGCGCCUCGCGCGGACAACGCGCGCUGAAAAGUAGUCCUCGAAAGAGAGAAAACUCGUCGCGGACUCUCUCGAAACGGAGAGAGUGCAUCGUCGGUGCAUCGGCGACAACGGGUUGAGUACUCGUCGCGCGACCCACAUACACGGUGACACGGUGACACGGGCGAAAGUGAUCAGCAAGGCGAGAAGGUGGAUGCGCGCACUCGCGAUUGUUCCGAAGAGCGGGAAAAUCAGGUGUCGGAGCCGGCGCUGUAACAGCGAAGGUGGCGAGAAGCGAACGAACGAACGCAAGUGUGCCCGGAGUUGCAAAAUACACCUCCUCGGGUCUGAGAAACGUAGCACGAAAUGAAGCGAGCAUAUCCGCGUGCGAUCGAUAACUAUAGCGGCACUAUAGUCGACUCGGUGAACAGCAAGCGACCCGUGCUACCAGCCAAUCCAACCUAACGGACGGACGCGCGACCUCCAGGUACAGCGCGGCUGGAUAGACAGGCAGGCAGGUAAAACCGGCGAUCCCAACUGGUUCGACACAACGACGAUGUAGAGAGAAAGUCCACGGCGGCGUUUUCUUGCGCAUCGAACAAAAGGAGCGUCGGUUCUGCGAGGGAAAAAGAAGGAAAGAGACGCGCGCGACGUGGAACGUGCGUCGAUGCAACGCGAUGCUCGGGAUCGCGAGCGAUUUGAUCAUGGAUGACGAGACGAUGAUUGUCGGAUCGAUCGUCGCACAAUAAACAAUCUAACGCGCACUGCGCGCCGGUAUCUUCGUCCUUCUGUUCUCCGGAAGAUUCCUCGGAGCAAGCGAGAGACCGGAGACGAAGCGUUCGGAGCGGAACGCGGACGAAGAGAAUAAAGAGCGAGGGGGAGAGACAAACGGAAGAAGGCAGAAAGGAAGAAGGGCAAAGUGAAAGGACAAAAGAGAGAGAGAGAGAAAGAGAGAGACACACGCAGAGAGGGGGUUGAGAAAAAGAAGAAAAGAGAAAGAGAGAGAGAGAGAGUGAGAGGAAGAAGGUGUCUUAUUUUUAGUAGUGCGCUUCGCACGUCACAAAAACCGGUUUCAGGAGUUCAUGAAGUACGAAGGGAACCGAUAGCUUUCUCGAAGGGUUUUCGAGGGAGGAAAAUAUAAAACGUAUGCAGGUGAUAGAGGUGUGUACGCGUUUAUCUCUGUUACGAUAGGAGGACGAAUGUAGCGGGGGAAGAGAGAGAGAGAGAGAGAGAGAGAGAGAGAGAGAGAGACAGAGAGAGAAAGAUAUACUUAUCAGACGCUUUGAAAAUUCUCUUGGGCUACACAAAAAUAUAUGACUUCAAGGAAUUAGAUAAAAUAAAAACUAAGCACCUAAUAAAAAAACUUAUUAUUAGUGCGUGCGAGAGACGGGGAAAGAGAGAAGAAACCGUGACACGGAACGUGGAAUUUGCUUUAAUCCGAUACGCGCGCGAGUUUCUUCCACCCCGCCGCACCUUGCUCGUCCACCAUCCUCUUUCCCCCCUCCCCGUCGUCAGCUAUAAACCACCUCUGAUGCUCCUCGCUCGGCGAUCGAUUGCAUGCGUGUGUACGCGACAACGUGGUCGGCGCGAGAGAUUCGAUUAUCGACCGCGACGACGACACAGCGACGCACUCCGGAAUUAAAGGAGCUACCUGACACCAGCUGGUACUGUACACGAGACUGCCGGUAUUGCGACCGAUCACGCCAAGGACGCGCAACGGAGAGGAAUUAACGAGACUUUUCGAGGAAUAUUGAAUUUUUAAUCGAGAGAUCAAGAGUUUUCAUCAACGAGUUAAUUCAAUUUUCACGAAAGAGCUGAUACAAAGUAAACGAACUGAUAUAAAUAAAAUUUGAUUUGCAAAUAUUUACUCAAGACACGAACAUGCAUUAGUUUGUGUUUUGCAAAAGAAAAACAAAAGUUGACAGAAUUGGCGGAGGGUCGACACGUUCCCCGGACGAUGAGCGUUAAAUGGGAAAAUCGAUACCCGCCAGCAAUAUCGAAUCGCGCCGAUGCCCGAAGCGCUUAAUUUCCGAUCGCACUGGGCAGACCGUAACGAUGAAAUUAAAUCCGACUGUAAUAAAUUGAUACCUCGAAGGCGGGAAUUGAUCUCCGAAUUAUUCAUCGGCCUACGUACAGUCGUUGUAAAUCGCAUACGCAUCGACGUGAUCGACAUUGAUUCAAAACUCAGAACGCCCCAUUCGUGCUGUUAUCGGACCGCAGAUCGUACCGCAGUUGUUAUAAUUUAUUGAUCCACGAUCGACGACGACGCGGGAGUAUCGUUGAGAACUCUCGUCUCGAUUGUGCAGUCAACUCGUCGCGGUCGGUCCGUCGCGCAAGACCGACGCGAGAUUUAUCCUAACGUCGUCGAUGCGAGGCCGAGAAAUCUGGGAAUACCAAACGGCAUGAAGAAUGGCAACCGAUCCCUCGAACACUCGUCAGGGCGUGAGGGCGGUCGCCACGACGACUACCGAUCCGCGUCAAAACGAGAUACGUGCCUGCGCGGCGCGGGGCGCUGCCGGGGCGCUUGCCGUGAGCGUUGCGGCUUUGGUCAUCCAAUCGGCGGCCGCUGGGACUCCCACCUGGGGAUACUUUACCAAUCCUAACGCUGACACUGGUGCAGAGACGGGUUACUUUAGUCCAUGGAGACAGUGCAAAUACCUUCUUUACGGACGAGAGUGGUGUGGUAAAAGCGUCACCAGGUUUGAACCAGUGUCGGUUGUGUAUAUAGCAGGAAUAGUCGCUGUUAUCGCCUCCAUCGUUUUGGCGAUCCUAGUCGCUCUGACUGUGCUUCAAUUAGCGAUGGCCUCCUCCGCGAAGCGAGUUGUAAUUUCAUACAGCACUGCCCUAAUAGCCAAAGUUGGCCUCGCUACAGCGGCGUUUGUGUUGUCGAUUCUGGCAGCGUGCCUUUUUGCCGUACAAACGGAUGAUCUAGCAAAAAGCUUCGUAGUCACGAGAGGACCCGCUUUUUAUUUGCAGGUGUUUGCCAUCGUUGCGAACUUUGCCGUGCUGCUGAUCGCCAUUUAUGAGGGCAUUUACGCCCGAAGAGGCGGCGACCCAACCAGAAUUAGGAUCGCCACGGAUCCCCGUGCAGCCACUAUAAAUAAUCCAGGAUAUCGGGAAUAUCACCAACCUACAAACGGUGGUAGUAUCUCGAUGACAGACGCCAGCGGCAAGCCAUAUGUCGGCGGUGCUGGAAACGGAUCGACGGUGUCGGUGGCGACUUCCGGCAGCGUUGCCAGCACGUCCUCGCCUCUCAGAAGCUCCCUGAAGAAACCGAAACCCCUCGGUAUUCACAAUCCCGGCUUCUCGGCGCACAGCCCGACGUUGUCUAGGAAUGGCUCGCAGAAGAAGGUACGUAUACAGACGCACUCGACGGAAGUUUAGCCGACGCUCCAAGCACAUUGUUACCGGCGAGUGCUCGCUACGUGACUGCGGUGUGUACAGCGUUACGGUCGUUUGCGGCUGCUGCGACAGGAAGUCGGAAGACUCGUUCUCUCUGUUCAAAUUAGUCCCACGUUCCACUAACGGCAGGUGAUCUCCGAUGUAAUUAUCGUCGAUUGAUAUAGCGAGGGAGAGAUAGAUCUGUAACAAAAUUGAGAAUGAAGUCUGCGUCGUACGGAUCCGUUGUGCUGCUUUGUCGCAACUAAUAGCCCGUAAGUUUCUCGUCGAUGACGUCGCUUGUGAUUUUGAUAAUGAGACUUUUAAUGAGUUUCCUGCGAAGGUGCAGGUUGAAUCAUGCGCGAGUUUGGAAUAUCAUUACGACGGCGGAAUGUAAAUAGAGUGAUACAUGCGAUCGAUCGUCGCCGGGAUUCUGCGAAACUACCUGAGUUUUAAAUAUCAAACGAAUACAGAUUAAACGCGCGAUUGAUGGUGACUUGUUAAGCAUCGAGUCACUCUCUUCAUCACUUUUUUUACGAUACCUUUAUACAUUCGUAAAUGGACUAACAAAAUACAAAUAGUGAACUUUAAAAGUAUUGGCGGGAGAGUAAGAUGAUGAGAGGCUAUAGACGUAGAGAAAUAUGACAUAUCUAUAUAAUAUUGAUGGAAACGGAAGAAAUUUUGAGAUUAUUACAAGCACGGCGCAUUGUUAUUAUAUCGUAGCGUGGAAGAAAACUUGGAGGAAAAAUUUGGAACGAGAUAAAAAAAUAAUAAAUUCUGACCUAAUACGUCAUAUUUGUAAGUCUGAUGUGAAGCGUUGAUCAAUAAAAUUCGCAUACAUAUUUAUACAGGGUAUUCAUAAUACAUAAGUAGUAGAUCGUAAAUACUGAAGGUUUUAAUAAAGAGAAUUAGAGCAUUGAUUUUAAUUUAUUACUGAUAAAAAAUCAAACUAUUUACUAUUGCAAAGAUAUGUAGUAACAAAAUCAGGGUUGCCAAAAAGCAGCAGAAUGUGUCAGUAUAUUAUCGAUACUUAUAUUUAAUAUUGAAACAAUCACUUGCGUCAAAUUUACAGCAAGCAGAACUAAGCACCAAUUUUUCAACGGGGACGAAAUUACGAUAAGAGUAUAUGAAUUUUAACUAAAUAGGAAUAUAUAAAAAUGUUUUACUAACGAGAAUUCUUACAGGGUUUAUGAAAUUUAAGAAUGCAUUUUAUUCUGAGGCUCUAUAACAACUCAUCUUACUCUCUCGCCUUCGUAAGUACAUAUCUAUACGCCAAAAGAAUAACGCAAUAGCAACUAAUGAGGGACAGGAAUUCGUUGUAGCGUGGUGAUCGUUAAAAGUUCGUACUUUCUUCGUGAAAGUUCAGCGAGCGAUAUGAAAUUCAUCGCCUAUGCGAACGUACCAAUCAGAUCUCCAUUUUACAUUUUCAUAUUUUUCACAACGUGGGAUUUAAUUAUGCAUCGAGAAUUUCUAAAUAGAAUCAGGCUUUUAUUCUGUUUUAUUACAAAAACAAUUCCGAAAGGAUCUUGUGAUAUAAUGUACUCUGAUUAUUAUUAUUAUUUUAGUCACGUUGCUGGAGAGUUUAUUUAAUUACAUAACCGUAUUUCAACUGCAAUAAGCAACCUUUACCAUUACCAUUGAACUAAACACAUCAAAGUUUAAUUGAAUAUUAAAACGGACAAAUUCAGCUGGAAAGUUCACAGCGCGCGUGGUCCUUAUAUAAUAUAAAGUCGAGAUAAUUGUGUAACUACGUUUUCAUUGUAAUUGGGUAUUGUGUUUCUAACUGAAAUUCGACUGUUAAUAGCGAUAAUUUUGUGAAAUGCUUUAAACUUUAAAACUUUUAAGAGCGACGAGCGGAGAGAGCUGUUGAAGUGUGUAUAGAUUUCUAUACAAACACGGCAAUGAACCGUUACCGAAUUUAAUAAUUAACACUCGAAGAUUAAUAUUUCUUCGAUCUAAUAUGUAUAUAUCAAUGUUGUAUUUACGUGAUCAUUAUUAUUAUUGAUAUUAUCAGAAGUUUUCCGUCCAAUCAAGUACUUCGUAAUAUUUAGUAUUAACGGUUACUCUUACUGAACUGACAUUCGUGAUAUAUUGCACUUGGUACGUAGAAAUUGUUACGUAUGUUAAAAGUUAUAUAGUAUAUAAUUGAACUAAGUUGCAUAAUAUAAUAUUUAAUUCUGCAAAGAAGAAAAACUAUUUUUAAUUAACAAUAGAAUGCUGAUUGCACCAUCGUCGGGCAACGCUAAUUCCAAUUUUUAUUUAUAUGUGGUACUUUAUGUGUUAAAUUGUAGUGUGAAAUUCUUUAAUAGCUAAUUUAGGAUUAAUUGAACCAGAUUAUCGGUACAAAUCUAACCUCACGUUUUAAAAAUUAAUUACUUCUAGGGAAAUGUUCAACCGUUGAUUAUUACUGUUCGGCGUAACGGAUUGUCGUGAGAAUUGCAGGAUACGUGAUACGUUUUCUUAUUUUCUGUCCCUGUUUUUUUUUCUUAUACAUUUACUAAUUUUAGUAAUAUUCUCACCAUUCCUCGCCGCGAGAGGAAGGUGAAAUCACAUUACAACAUUGCAUCCGUCCAGCCCUAGGCAGCUAGCUCUGAACCGGCAAGAAAGAGAGAGGUAUAUUAUAAAUAUAUAAAUAUAUUUAUAUUUUAUAUAGUGGUUGUUUUAAUAUAAUAUAUAUAUAUAUAUAUAUAAAGAGAGAAAUAUAUAUAUAUAAAUCUCUAUGUACGUGUACUUGCGCACGCGUAAGCUUAUGAAUUCGUACGGCUCGUUUCGCGGAGAUCCAGUCGCGCGUUUGUUUUUUUUUUCUUUUCCACCUGAAUAGUAUUAUUAUAUUUUACCGCUUAUGAUAUUUUUUCCAUCAUAAUUAUUGUUAUCAUGCAGUCUGCAUACCUUUAUUUCCACAGAGAUAUUUAUGUGACGAGAGCCGGCCUUGUUAAAACGUUCGCGCUGCGAAUCGCAACUGUGCAGAAUCGUUCUGGAUUCUUUCCUGAAAAAUAAAAAGAUGUUCGUGUGCUCGCUCGCGGAAUUUAAUUUAUUGCCGCGCGGCUCUUGUAAAGCGGCCGCGUGCGUACGAAAUUAAUCAAACUAGAAAUUAAGUCGUAGGUUUACUUGGUAAGACGAACGCAGCAAGAUCAGUCGCAACUCCCUAAGUAUGCAAUACGCUCUUCUGUCGAGACCUGGCCAUUUGUUCCAGUAUAGUUAUGGCAAACAUAUCGCGAUGUGGGCUAAAGUUGUCGCGGCGAAGGUAGUUCUGCGUCAGAGUGAAACCAGAUACCCAUUAAAUCGAUAAGCUACAGUCUGUCAGAAGAAGGAAACGAGAUCAUACCCUCAAUUUACUACAAAUUGUUUCAAAUACAAUACUACAAAAUAUCGAGGUACAAGUUGCACUUCAAAACAAGUGAAUCAAAAUUUUUUUUUAUAUUUUUAGGGAUAUUAUAUAAAUUGGUUUCAGGAACACCGACAGCUACGGUUUAAAUCUGGAGAAUAAUUUUGCAACGCUGUUUCACGCUGGUGCAAAAUUAUCAUUGCAAAUGUAUUCUCAUGUCAUCCCACUAAGAUUGUUAUGAUAUAUUUCGUUUCGUUGUUAUCGUUCAUUAGAUAAUGUUUAACUUCUAUUAUUCAUCUAGAUGCCGAGCUGAUACGACCGAUGUAAUCAUAUGUAUUGUACAUACCUACCUACAAGCGGAUAUAUCUGAUAUUCACGUUCCGAUCCGAUCGGAACGAUAGAUUUGUCACGUUUGCACCAAUCUAUUUGUUAAGUCGGCUGUUUUUGUAAAGUUCGUACGUACUCGAUGAUAUUACUGACGACGUAAUGUAAGUGUUCGUUAAGGACGUGAAAGAUUGAAUAAUAAAUGAGUUUCAAUAAAAUGUAUGCAUGGCAUACUUUGCAUUAUAUCCUGCAUGUUCGAUUUUUUAGAUGUUAAUAUUCACCAUCAAUUAACAUACCGUAUCGAUGUAAGUGUUCCAGAACUCCGGCGUAUAUCAAGGUUACACUGAAAAUAUUGCGAUGUCAUAUCUCAUCCUGAAACCGCAUCCUUAUCCUUUUCAUUGCAGCAUACCAGUGAUUAUGUCAUUAUGUAAUAAUAUUCGAAGGAAAAAAAUUAUAUUUUUGUAUUCUGAAGAUAUUUUGUAAUGCAUUUUUUUACAAGAUUUCAGCUUUUCGGUAUUUGCAGUGUAAUCGUAUAACGACAACUUGAGGAUUUAUACAUUAAAAAAAAUUUUUUAAAUGUGACUGAUAUAUUAUACUGCUGAUUAAUAAACAAUGAAAAUCUA